AUGGAAGCUGUCUCGAUGUCUCCAUUACCAAACAUGGUAGAACCUGAAACUGGAAAGAAGACAUCAUCAAUCAUGCCAGAUUGGUCUCUUCUGCCUGGUGAUCUACUGCACAUUAUUGCCGAGAAUCUGGAGAACUGUUUCGACGUUGUUCAUGCUCGUUCUGUUUGCAUCUCGUGGCGAUCCACAAUCCCUUUUCCUUCUUGCCUAAUACGCCCAAGUUACUCUCUAUCCUCGUUCAGAGAGAAGGCUCCCCAUCACCAUAAAGACUUGUGCACCCUCGAGAAGAUCCCUUUGUUCCUCUUUAGAGUCCGUACUCUUUCAACUGCUGCUGAGUAUUUCAUGGGAGGAAUAGGCCGUAGAGAUGAGUCAGAGGAUCAAACAGAGCUUCCAUCUCCUACUCAGUGCUCAGUGAAAGUGAAGAUAGGAGAAUCUGAUCCAAGGUUGAUGAACAUGCUCGACUGCGAGAUCCUCCCUCUGGGCCAUCAGUACAGGAUAAUCGGUUGGGAAUCUAAUCAAUACUGCAGAGGCGUUGGUUUUAUUCCUCUAACCAAGAAGGGUGGAGGAGAGUUCGUUGUGCUUCUCCACUACGGUUGUGUUUUGUAUGUAUUAACAAGUGCCGAAAUGAAGUGGAAGCGGCUGAAGAACCAUCCAAAUGAUGCAUGCUUGAAUUUAGCCACUUUUAGAGGCAAAUUUUAUGCAUCCUUCACAGAGGAAAUUCUGGUUAUCGAUCCUUAUUCCUUGGACGUGACUCCCUUGAUGCUCUCGCAGCCUCUAGUUGUAAUACACUAUCUGGUUCCAUCUGGCAAUGAUGAACUUUUCCUGGUUGAGAGAAUCGCCAGCUGGAAUUAUAGAGUGAGUAAGCUAGAUGAGGAGGCUGGUAAAUGGGUCGUGGUCACAGAUAUAGGUGGCCGUGCGUUGCUUCUUAGGCCGUUUGGAAAUGUCUCCUGCUCAACUAAGGAGCUUCCUGAUGGUUGUGGUUUGAGUGGAAACUCAUUUUUAUACAGCAGAGAGACAUCGAAUAUAGCUUACUUCUAUAACUAUGGACUAAUAGAGGGAGGCCAACUCAAGUGUUGGAAAUUAUUAAGACAGAAACGUGUGACAAUCCUCAGCACAUCUCCGGUUGUGGCAUUCCGUCUUGAGCACGCUACGUUAUAA